CGUAGGUGUGUGGGAUCAUGGGUUUCUUACAUGGGUUUAUGGUUUGCUUUUCAGUUGUUUUUGCAGUGGUGGAUAUUGGUUAUGUGGUUGCUGGAUGGGAUCGUGCUCAUGCUACGUUCUAUGGGAAUAUAAAAGGCGAUGAAACCAUGCAGGGAGCUUGUGGAUAUGGGAACUUAUUUGAGCAAGGAUACGGCCUCACAACGACUGCUCUAAGCACCGCACUGUUCAACAAUGGUGCGGCCUGUGGAGCUUGUUUCGAGCUAAUGUGCACAAAAGCCCCACAAUGGUGCAUCCGAGGGAAAAUUCGUGUGACGGCCACGAAUUUUUGCCCUCCCGACUACACAAAAACUCAGGAUAUUUGGUGUAACCCGCCUCAAAAACACUUUGACCUAUCGUUGCCAAUGUUCCUUAAAAUUGCGAAAUACAAGGCUGGGAUAGUCCCUGUCGUGUAUAGGCGAGUCAUGUGUGGCAAGAAGGGUGGGAUCAAGUUUGAGAUGAAGGGGAAUCCGUAUUGGAUGCUUGUUCUUGUGUACAACGUUGGAGGAGUUGGCGACGUUGUAUCGGUUAGAGUUAAGGGUUCUAACUCGAAUUGGGUUCAGAUGGCCCGCAAUUGGGGCCAAAAUUGGCAGACUUGGGAAAGACUGCAGGGACAAAGCCUGUCGUUUGAAGUGAAAACUAGUGAUGGUGAGACGGUCAAGGCUUAUAAUGUGGCCCCAAAGAAUUGGCAAUUUGGAAAAACUUAUGAAGGGAAGAAUUUUCAUUAG